AUGUCAGAAUUAUGGGAAAAAGCAGGAAUAGAAAAAGAUGCAGUUUUAAUUGUAUCGUUUUAUGAAAAUAUAAUAAAAGAAAUGAAGGAUGCUUAUAAUAGUUUAUAUGAUCUUGUUAUAAUAUUAAAGGAUAAAAUAGAUUAUAUAGAAAAUCCUAUAGAACUAUGUAUAUCAAAUGAAAAUAAUAUGGAAAGCGAUUUUGAGAUUAAUUAUGCACACAAUAAAGAAAAAAAAAUGAGUAAUAGUAUUAUGGAUGAUAUGAAUUACUCAGAUAAAAAAAAUAAUUUGUAUAACACCGAUAAAUUAAAUAAUAUUUUAUGUAAGAAUGUUAUGAGUUGUUUUAAAAAUGAAAAAGAUGAAAUAGUAAAUCCGAAAAAUAUAGGUAUAAAUAAUCAAAAAGAAUUUGUAUUUUGUGAAAAAAAAAAUGAGAUGAUAAAUGAUGUAGAUAAUAAUUUGGAUAUUGGAUAUUAUAGUGAAGGGUUUGAAAUUGGAAAUAUAAGAAAAUGGAAAAAAAAAAAAAAAAAAAAUAAUAAUAAUAGUGAAAAUACAAAAAGACAACAAGCUCAUUAUGUUGAUGAAAUAAAAAAUAUAAUCGACAUGAAUUAUAAUAAUAAAGAGACUAUAAAAAAUGUCAAAUUGUUAAAAGACAAUACAAAUGAUGAAGCUUCCAAUGUAAUAAGUAGUUAUAAUAAUUUACCUAGUUUAGGAAACAUAAAAAGAAUAGGUAAAAAAAAAAAAAAAAAUAUAUGUCCAGAAUAUUUUUCUGAUUUAAAUUUUUCAGACAAUUCAAUAGACUCAAAUAAAAUAAGAAUACUUAAUUUAGUUAACGAAAAUAAAAUGUUAUCAAAAAUAUUAAAUAAAAAAAAAAAAUAUUAUGAAAAUAUUAUAUUUAAAAAUAUAAAAUCUGGAAAUAAUUCAGAAAAAAAUGACUAUGAAAAUUUAAAUCCCUUUUUUGGUAAAAGCUUUCAAAAUGAAAAUAAAAACAAAGUUACAAAUAUAUACAAUGAACAAGUAAAAGAUGUAAAUAUUCCGUAUUUUAAAGAAAUAAAUUUUAAUAAAUUUCAGAAUAUAGUGGAUCAAAAUAAAACCUUUGAAAAAAUCGAGAAUAAACAUAAUGACAAUACUCAAGAAUGUGAUAGUAAUUUGUGUAGACAUUAUAUAUUGCAAAACAAUUUUAAAAUAAAUUAUUUAGAAAAUGAAGAAAGUAAUAAAUUAAAUGAUAAAGAUAAUUUUUGUGAAGGUGCUUCUAUAAUUCUUGAUAAAGAAAAGUGUGAAAAAAAUAUAUAUACAUGUAACCAUCAAAAAAACUAUUUAGGGAAUUGUUACAAUAAUAAUAUAAAUAAAGAAAAAGAUAAUAAGGGAAAUAUAUUUCAAAGAAUAAAAUCAAAUAAUAAUAUUCAAAACAAAUGUAUCCAUACAAUAAAUAAUAAUGUAUAUAAAAAUAUAUUAAAUUGUAAAUUAAAAAACGAACAAAACUGCAAUGAAUGUCAUUCCCUUUUUUUAAGAAUCCUAAAAGACUGUGAAAAAAUAAAGUUCAUAGAAAUGAAUAAACAAAAUGGAAAUCAAAAAGAAGCGAAUUUAAAUUAUAUCUAUAACAAUCAAUGUAAUUUAGAUAAGAAUAUAAUAUGUUGCAAUAAAUGCGGAGAAGUUUAUAAUUCCAAAUAUAUUUCAUAUUUUGAUGAGCAUAAUGAAAGUAAAACUGAAAUACAAAAAAGCGUGUUAUUAUUAAAUAAUGAUAUUUAUUAUGGUGGAAAUGAAAGUAGUGAAACUGUAGUAAUUGGAAAUGAAGAAAAUAAUGAUAAUUUAUUUGAAACUCAUAAUAUAGCAAAUACUUCAGAUGUCUUGAAAAAAUCCGAAUCAUUCAAUCCGAUAAGUAAUAAUAUUAAAUAUAUUCCAGAAUAUUAUUAUUCAAAUAUAAAUAACAAAAUUGUUCUAAAUAAAAAUGUAAUUAUACAAAAAAAUGGGCACAUAAUAAAUGAUUCGAAUCUAGUAAGUUGUCAUUGCCUUUUACAAAAAAAUCAUAACUCAGAAUCUCAACUUCUAACUAAUGGGCACAAAGGAUAUGCAAGUACAUCUCCCGAAAAAUGUGUAAAAAGUGGAAAAAGUGAAAAAUGCAAAAAUGGAAUCUGGAAAGUGGGGGGCGCAACAAAAUAUAAAAUGGAUUCAGAAAAAAAUUUGUAUAAAAUUGUUAGUUACAAAAAUGUGAUUAAAAAUACAUUACCUUCGAAUUAUAUAGAUGUUGAUGUUAAUCCGUUUCGAGUGCCUUAUCAGAGUAUAGGAUCUUUUUUAAGUUAUUCAAAUUAUAUGGGUAAAAGAAAACGAAGAAAAAUAAAAAAAAAAAAACUAAGGCAUGUAGGAAAAAAGUUGGACAAAAGAGAUAAAGAAAUGAAAUGUGGUGAAAGUGGAAUCCAAACCAAGAAUAGAAAAACUGUAAAAAAAAAUGAAAAUAAAAUUUCAGAAAAAAUAUUCAAUACUGACUUUAGUGAUGUAAAAAGUUCAAAUAUAAGUUCUGAAAAAAUGAGCAAAGAAAAUUCAUUGAGAAUAGAAAACAAAGUUAAUGAUAGUGAUGCUUUAAAUUCAUUUCAAAAAAAGACAGAAUUAAAUGAUAAUAUGACGAAAAAGCUAGUUGAUAAUAUAAAUAAUAAAAUAUAUGAUUUAGGAAAAUCUGAAAUAAAAGAGAAUGAAAAGUUGGGAAUUGAGAAAAACAAAACUAAUAAAAAAUCAAAAAAGAAAUACUUAAAAAAAGGAGAAAAAAAUAAAAUUAGAAAAAAAAUUUAUAAUAAACAAAAAUAUUAUGAAAACAAUAAAACUAUAUUAUAUUUAGAGGAUAGAGACAAAACAUAUAUGUCACAAUAUAAUGAUGAAAGUUUAUCAGUAAAAAAAAAAAAAAUUGAAAAUGAAUCAUAUACAAAAAAUUCAAAUACUAAUAAAUAUGAGUUAAGAGAAAAAAGAAAAAUUAAAUAUAUAUUGCCAUCAAUAAAUAAAAAAUUACGAAGAGAUAGUUCAAGACAAAUAUUUGACCCAUUUUUAUAUAACAAUACAUGGGCUAUAAAAAAAGUAUAA